AUGUCUGUCUAUUGUACUGGAACAUUUAUUGGUCAGCGAGUCACCGAUUCUUCAAUAUCUAGUGAUAUCAUUGGACAACAUUCAUUGAAAUUUACGCUAAGUUUCACUCCAACAAAACGAUAUCCAUCAGCAUUUGGUGCUGGAUUUUAUGAUGGUGAUCCAACAAUAUCAUCAAGUAGUAUAAUACAUGGUACUUAUCAUGCAGUAACGCAAGAAGCUUCUCUAAUAGAAAUGAUGAAUGGUACAGCAAUGUAUGAAUAUCAAUGCAAAUUAACAGUUGAUAAAACCGUUGGAACCACCUAUUUAUAUGGCACUUGGAAAUCAUUGGUAAAUUCCAACAUUUUUGGUAAACUGGUAAUGAUUAGUGAGUCAGAUAGUAUCAAUGAUUGUAUAUCGGGAAUAUGGACGGGUGAAGCUCAACCAGCUGAAGAACUUGCCGAUUUUUUCAUUCCUGUUAAUCCAAUUCGAUGGUGUGCUACGCUAUUUCGAACCAACAAUGAUACAUGGCAAAUGUUUGGUAGCGGCUAUUUCAAUGAUUCAGCUGAUAUACCCAAUCAGCCAUUGUUAUUCUUUUCAUUGGAUGGGAAAGGAACACUCGAUGAUAUGAAGAUUAUUAAGAAAUAUGCAACGAUCGAAUACAAUGUAGAAUAUCGAGGGAAAAUUAGCAAAUGUGAAACAGACGCAUAUGUAUUUACGGGUAAUUGGUCAAAUGCUCAAGCCGGCAGUUAUGGAUCAUUUCAUGCUGAACAAUGUCAAUUGAACCCUAUGUUUACAUAUAGACUUGAUAUAUGUUUAUGUGCUGUAUGUACAAAUAUACUUAAUCCAGGUGAUAACCGUUGGUUUUGUGCUCCAUGCCAUUUUGCAACGUGCCCUGGAUGUAAUCUUAACGAUGUAGCCAUGGCUCAUCCACAUAAAUUAGUACCACAUAUUCUUCCUACUCAAAAAAAAGCUCAUGGUUCAACGUCUGUUGAAUUGAUCAGCAAUGCUUUUAAAGUAUUCGGAUCAUCACCAUUUAUCAGUUUCAGAAGUCGAGAGACCGGACAGUUAGUAUGGUUAACAUACAAUGAUAUGUCAUCAAAAUGUUAUGCAUUAGCAAAAUACUGGAAACAAUUUCUUUCGAAUAUCAAUCAAAAUGCUAGACCAUUCAUAGUACUCUUAGCUGAUACUUCACUCGCUUAUAUUGCUUCACUAUUAGCAGGACUUUUGUGUCAAGCUGUGGUUGUUCCAAUGAAUGGUGCUCUGGAAGUCGACGUUUUAAAACAUGUUUUAUCAACAACCGAUCCAUCUAUUAUUAUUGUUGGCGAACAAUACUUUGAUAAGAUUUCAAGCAUUUUAGUACCGAAAUCGAGUACAUUAAUAAUGACAAUUAGUCAAAAAGAAGAACAGUUUCAACCAGUCACAUCGGUUUUGAAAGAUUCAAUUUCGCUGACAAUUGCUCUCGAAUUAGGUGCCAAAAUUCAGAAUGAUAUUCUAUCGAAUUCCCCUUUAUCUAAUGACACGAUUUCAGCCAUUCUUUCGACUUCUGGCAGUACAGGAUACCCGAAAGGAGCAAUAUUCACUGAAGAUCUACUAAUUCCCAAGGAUUCAUCUACGCUCAUAUCGCCAUUUAUUCGUAUCGAUUAUCAGCCAUUUGAUCCUGUUUUAGUACUAUCGCUGAUGAGUACGAUGCAAUACGGUAGUAGUCGAGGUCUAACAAAUCUAAAAGAUAUGUGGGAUGACAUAAGAGAUAUAAGACCAACAAGUCUUGGUUUAAGUCCAGCAAUAUGGACCUUUUUAUAUAAAAUCUAUUUGAGAAAGUUAACAGGACAUUCAACAGACGAACAGCGAGAGAACGCAGCAAGAGAAAUGCAACAAAGUUUAGGCGGUCGAGUAAUAAGUGGAACGUCGGGUGGUGGCUCAAUUUCUGCGUCAAUAUUAUUCUUCAUUCGAAAUGUAUUAAAAAUCGAUGUUGUCGAUAUGUAUGGUUGUCGAGAAUGUGGUAAUAUUUCCAGAGAUGGUAUUCUUUAUCCAGGUGUUGAUGUUAAAUUAAUUCCCGUGCCUGAUUUAGAAUUAGAUGGUGAGACAGAAGGUGAAAUUUGUAUACAUUCACCUCGAAUGAUUUCUGGCUAUUGGGGAAUCGAUAAUCAUUCAUCUUUUAUUGAUAUUGAUGGAAAACGAUACUAUAAAACCGGUGAUAUUGGAAUGCUAAAUCAACGAGAACUAAAACUGCUCGAUCGAUCAGGUACAAUGAUAAAGAACUCGCUAGCUGAAUGGAUUUCACCAGUCAAAAUUGAAAAUAUUUUGNAAUUCAAAUUGCUCCUUCUGACGACACUACUGUUAGCUUGA